AAAAAGUUAACAUUGACAAAAGGAAGUGCGUAUGAAGAUGCGGGCUUGUUGAACGCUUUGAAGAAUAUCGUUUCUGUGGUUGAUAAACAUCAAGAAGAGGUUAAAGGUUUGAUAAGAGCGUUGUUCGUUGUGGAUAAAAUUGAAGAGUCGAAUGAACUGCAACUGGAAUUUGCAUCAUUGAUCAGUUCGGUGGAUCGAAACAUGACGACGAUAUGGCCAUCUUACUUGGAAGCACAUAUAAUAACUGGACCGAUUCGUGAAAUGUAUCGAGAUGUGAACGGAUGUGUGUUAUUGCCAACGGACAAUGAAAAUUUGAUGCCGCAGCGGAUAAAUUUGAGUAGUGAAAUGAUAGCACCAUUAAUUCGAAAGAAUGUCUUUUGGAAGAUGCAAAUUUGGGACGAGAAUAAAUAA